AUGGCCGACCCCGUACCCGUGAGCGACCUCGAGACCCCUCUACCGAUCCGACUCUCCAAGAAACCCGGCGUCAAGGCCGUCGUCAUCCUCGACCGAGCCACCGGCGCCAUCCUCCGCACGACGGGACAGCUGUCCUUCAACGCCUCGGCGCUGCCGAGCUCCGGGUCCUUCUCGGGCGAGGGCGCGGCCGCGGAACAGCAGCAGAACGGCGAGGGCGGCGAGGGCAGCGAGCAGCCGCAGGGCCUCGAGGACUUCGCGGCGAAGGUGUGGAACUGGGUGAAUGCGUCGGGCACGCUGGUGUUGGACCUGGACACAGAGGACGAGCUGAAGCUGUUGAGGCUACGGACGAAGAAGCAGGAGCUGGUCAUCGUGCCGGAUCCGAAGUACCUCCUCAUCGUGGUCCACGACACACCGCCCGCCUGA